AUGGCUGCGAAGCUGCGAGCGCAUCAGGUGGACGUGGACCCGGACUUCGCGCCGCAGAGCCGGCCGCGCUCGUGUACCUGGCCCCUGCCGCAGCCCGACUUGGUCGGCGACGAGGACGGAGCGCUGGGUUCUGGGGUGGCCGAGGGCGCCGAGGACUGCGGGCCGGAGCGCCGGGCCACGGCCCCGCCGAUGGCCCCAGCGCCGCCGCUGGGCGCGGAGGUCGGACCGCUGCGGAAAGCGAAGAGCUCCCGGCGGAACGCGUGGGGGAACCUGUCCUACGCCGACCUCAUCACCAAAGCCAUCGAGAGCGCUCCGGACAAGCGGCUCACGCUCUCGCAGAUCUACGACUGGAUGGUCCGUUACGUGCCCUACUUCAAGGAUAAAGGCGACAGCAACAGCUCGGCCGGCUGGAAGAACUCCAUCCGGCACAACCUGUCUCUGCACACCCGGUUCAUCCGCGUGCAGAACGAGGGCACAGGCAAGAGCUCCUGGUGGAUGCUGAACCCCGAGGGCGGAAAGACGGGCAAGACCCCGCGGCGUAGGGCCGUGUCCAUGGACAACGGGGCCAAAUUCCUGCGCAUUAAGGGCAAGGCCAGCAAGAAGAAGCAGCUGCAGGCACCCGAGCGAAGCCCCGACGACAGCCCCCCGGGCGCGCCAGCCCCAGGGCCCAUGCCUGCCGCGGCCAAGUGGGCCACGAGCCCAGCCUCGCACGCCAGCGACGACUACGAGGCGUGGGCCGACUUCCGCGGCGGUGGGAGACCCCUGCUCGGGGAGGCAGCUGAACUGGAAGACGACGAGGCCCUGGAGGCCCUGGCGCCGUCGUCGCCGCUUAUGUACCCAAGCCCGGCGAGCGCGCUAUCGCCCGCGCUGGGUGCCCGCUGCCCGGGGGAGCUGCCCCGCCUGGCCGAGCUGGGGGGCCCGCUGGGCCUGCACGGUGGCGGCGGCGGCAGCGCAGGGCUGCCCGAGGCGCUGCUGGACGGCUCGCAGGACGCGUACGGGCCGCGGGCCCGCGCCGGGACGCCCGCCUACUUCGGCAGCUGCAAGGGCGGCGCUUACGGCGGGGGCGGGGGUUUCGGGCCGCCGGCGCUGGGCGCUCUGCGCCGCCUUCCCAUGCAGACCAUCCAAGAGAACAAGCAGGCCAGCUUCGCGCCGGCCGCUGCGCCCUACCGCCCGGGGGCGCUGCCCGCGCUGUUGCCGCCGCCGCCACCCGCGCCCAGGCCCGGCCCCUUGCUUGGUGCACCCGGGGAGCUGGCGCUGGCGGGCGCUGCCGCCACCUACCCUGGCAAAGGGGUGGCCCCGUACGCGCCGCCGGCGCCCUCGCGCAGUGCCUUAGCCCACCCCAUCAGCCUUAUGACGCUGCCCGGCGAGGCGGGCGCGACGGGCCUGGCGCCGCCGGGACACGCGGCCGUCUUCGGGGGCCCCCCCGGCGGCCUCCUGCUGGACGCGCUGCCCGGGCCGUACGCGGCCGCCGCCGCCGGGCCGCUGGGUGCCGCGCCCGACCGCUUCCCGGCCGACCUGGACCUAGAUAUGUUCAGCGGGAGCCUGGAGUGCGACGUCGAGUCCAUCAUCCUCAACGACUUCAUGGACAGCGACGAAAUGGACUUCAACUUCGACUCGGCCCUGCCGCCGCCGCCGCCCGGCCUGGCCGGGGCCCCGCCUCCCAACCAGAGCUGGGUGCCAGGCUGAGGGCCGCCUGCCGCGCGCCCCAGGUGCCCUGCCCCGCCCCCCAGGGGCCUCUGUCUUCCCAUCCUGAUCCCCGGGUCCCCACUCCCAUUCCCGCUCCACGGGGGGAUCCAGGAGGCAGCCCCAACCCAGCUAGAGACAGCCCUCAGAAGCUGACCGCUGAGGGAAGUGGUAGCGAGGCGCUGGAGCACCCCACUAUUCCUGCCCACCCCCCAGAAGCCCGCUCUGCCUGCUCCCAAAGACGGGAAGCCUGGGGGGUGGAAGCUGGGUUCCCCGCUGGGUGGGAGUGGGGAGGAAUGAGGUGGGACGCGCUGGUCUGGGAAGCCGACUGGGAGAUGCGACAGGGGGGCGUCUCCGAAUCCUCAGUUUCAUUGGCAGGGCUCUCGCGUGGCUAAUCGCCCACCCAAACUCGGAGCUGAUUCCCUAUUGACACUUUCCCACUGGUCUUUGCGUCACCCACCCCAAGCCAGGAACCCCUCUCCUGAAAACACACUCACACCUACCUAUCGGCUAUUCACCUUGAGCUGUCCUUCAAGUCUUGAACCACCCUCCGACCUCCACCCCCACGGUUCAGCCCCUCCCACCCAUCCUGCCUGCCCUAGUUUCUCCCCUCCCAGGUGGAAGUCCUUCUCCCCUUCCACCCCUGCCCAUCCCACAGUACUGGUUUCAGCCUCUCCAGCUAGCCUCAGCUCUGGAUCCACCCCCCAACCCACCACCCCCUUCUCCGUGCCAGUCCUGGCUCCUCUCUCCCAUAUUUAUAAGUGUCCGGUCGGGGCGGGCUGUGGGCGCGGUGUCCCCGGCGCAUAUCGUAGGCAGUGUACCGUGGCCGUGCCGUCAGCGUGUGCGUGUGCGUGUGUGCCGUGUCGAGGCCGUGUAGAGUGCAUUGUACAGCAUAUUUUCAUGAAUAAAAUUGUUUUAAAUAUU